GUGUAAAACAUUCUCAGAGUAUUUAGAAGCAGAUGGUGAAUUUACAGCAUGAAGGAUAAACUCCCAUGUGUUCUGAUGUUGAAAAGCUUCAUUCUGAUGUAAACCUGAUAAAAUAAGGAUUAUCAUGCGUCUGUCUCUCAGGUUUGGGAUUCACCCGGGGGCUGGCCGCAUGCCUGGACAGCUCAGUGUGCUUCUAGCCCAAGCUGGCGUCCUGUAUGACGUCCUUCUAGAGAUGGACGAGAUCAGUGAAGAUUUCCCAGAAACAGACCUGGCGCUCGUGAUCGGGGCCAACGACACCUUCAACUCAGCCGCGCAGGAGGACCCCGACCCCAUCAUCGCCGGGAUGCCCGUGCUGGACGUCUGGGGGUCCAAACAGGUGUGAGGAUUACUGUAAUUAUCAGAGCUGUCAGUUAAUUACAUGAUGUGCCAGUCGCAAAUUAAUCGCACAUCAAUUUUGUUGAGA